AUGGGCGAAGAGAAUGACAAGCCAACUACGCGUCCGCUGAACUUUGCUAUCCCAACACAGCCACGUCGUGGUAUUGACGCAGUACAUGUAAAUGCAGCCAGAGAGAUGGUGCAACUACAUACCCGAGGUCGGGCACCUCCCUCAAGGCAACUGCCCCAACAACCACUCCAACAACCACUCCAACAACCACUCCAACAACCACUCCAACAACCACUCCAACAACAACAACAACUGCAGUCUCGAAAGUCUCCCAAAGUGCACUCUCCUGUGGUAUUGGAACAGUCUAAAGCACCCAUCACCCAGCCAAGAGUUAGCAUACCGUUGGAUCACGACGGCGCGGAGUGCAAGAACCCCCAGUGUCAACAUUGCGGAAGUAUCAUUAUUCCCGCCCCACAACUGUCGUUCCCCUUACAGGACAAACCAUCGAUAAAAAUCAAUGACUGGGAGAUAUACACCAUCAAGAAACCGAUCCUAUCCUCAGCUGAGCUUGACCAUCUAGGUGACACCAAAUUCGAGUUCCCCUUGCCCGAAAUGAUCUUUGGAAACAACUUUGUUCGGAUUAGAUACACUGGUGAUGCUGGCAAGGGAGAGAAAGGUGAGGGGCAUGAAAUAUGGUUUAAUUCGAUAGAUGCGUUGGAUACUUUGGAAGAUGAUUGUCAUUUGAAAGUGAGCUAUCAUGAAGAAUGGCUCCAACUGCGUCAGAAUCGACGCAAGAAGCACGAGAGGGGUGGUGAUGCCAAAACCUCUUCUAGUGCAGGUGAUGAAAUGAGUGAGAAGGUGAGUGAUUUGACAGAUUUGGAUGCCGUGAAACCGUAUGAUUGGACAUAUUCUCCAAAUUACGUGGGUCAUUCGCGUGGAUUCAAAUUUGUCGCUGAUGAGAAGUUGGAAAUCCCCGUGAAUCGAUUAAUGAACCCUGAUCCUAUCUUAUUCUUUGAUGAAAUGAUCUUGUACGAGGACGAGUUGGCUGACAACGGGAUAAACUGUCGAAUUUUUAUUGAUUUUGAUUCAAAUGAAGUGAUACGAGAGUACAAGUUGCAAGAAUGUGACUAUGAUGAUGUAUUGAAAGUUGCUGCAUCUGGUGGUGGCGGUGGAAGCAGUGGUAAGCUCCGGUCCGUUCAUACAUUGCCCAGAUUGGCAAACCACGAGACGUGGUCAGCUCAAGGAAUACCUGGACUCUUGUCUCCCCAAGGAUAUUCCGCUGCAUGGACAGAUUACCAAACAUACUUGUUGACCAAUUUAACAUUACUCACCAACGGAACAGCCAAUGAAACAAAGAAGCCAUUUGAGAUCCUACUCAAUACUGCCAAACAAACUACGCAACAACAUACUUUCCAUUACGCCGCCAUGUCACACAUGAAUCAUUUCUUUUUCGAACAAUUGACCGAUAAAUCAAACUCGAAAUUGAGCAAACCAUCUCGAUUUUUAAUGGAAAAACUAAUACAUCAGGAUAUCUUGGACGUUGAUGCAUUGAGAACUAAAAUGUUAACCAUGGCUGAAAAUGCAUAUGGACAAGGAUGGAUUUAUCUUGUUGAAGACAAGACUAAGAAUUUGCAAUUUCUCCAAUGCAACAAUGAUGGAGUGCCUUACUACUUUGGUAAGCGUCAACAAUUGGACUUGAAUGGUGGCAUCGAUGAAGUCAGCUUCAACAGGUUGGCAAACUUACAAAAGAGAGCUAGUGGUGAAGAUGUUGUGGAAGAUGAGCAAUAUUUGCCAAUCUUGGCUAUCAACUACUGGGAUUAUAUGUAUGUUGAAGAUUACGGAGUUACUGGCAAGAAUGAGUACUUGAAUAAUUUGUGGGAUCAUUUGAAUUGGGAUGUGAUCAAUAAGAGAUUGUUCCAGGUGUAG